UGUUGAGACAGAAUUAUGGAUUUACAUGAGAGAUCAACUUUAGUAAGCCUAAGGAGUGGUGACAACUGCAGAGCGGCUGAUGCCCCCCACAAUAAAGAACAGCUGGGGGUGCCAGUGGGGGGCUGCAGGGCUCUGGAGGUCUCCACUCAUCUGCCUCUUGUCUCCUUUCUUUCCAUCCAGGCACAGCUGAAUAUCAUGGUAUUCAUUUUAAACAUCAAUGACAAUGAGCCGACGUUCAGCCAAAGCGAGUACUCCCUGAAGGUCAAUGAGCUGACGCCCGUGGGCACCACUGUGGGACGCAUUGAAGCCACCGAUGCUGACAAAGACGUCCUCAUUUACUCCCUCGACAGGAACACCAAUGGAUCCGAAUUCUUCCGACUGGCCUCCUCGAACAGCCCGAGCAUCCUGGUGGCGAAACUUUUGGACUUUGAUGAAGGGGAGCAGCUGGAACUCAUCAUGUCAGCCAACGAUAGCAAGCACAUGGCAAGCACGACUGUUCACAUCACCGUUGUGGACAUCGAUAAUCGGCCACCUUGGUUCAUGCCUUGCGACAUCCGCCCGGGAGCGAACAACGCCAAGAUCUGCCUGAGCGCGGGCUACACUGGAACAGUGAACUUAACCGAGAAAGAGGAUGGACCCUUGCAUUUCCUGCCUGGACCCGUGUAUGCAGUGGACGGUGACAAAGGCAUUGGUGCCCCCAUAAAUUACGAGCUUGUUGGAGGUGACAAAGAUGGCACUUUUCAGAUUGACAUGGCAUCUGGAAAUAUAACGAUGACAAAGGCUGUUGGGUCGGCAGACCAAAUUGUCUUAUCGGUGAUGGCCUAUCAGACCGACGACGCCAAUAAGUUUGCACUCACGACCGUCACCAUCGACGUCCUUAAAAAGAGCCUAAACCCUCCAGUGUUCGAGAAAUCGGCGUACGACGGCUUUGUGCCCAGCGACUCUCCGGAUGGCAGCAUGGUCCUCGAGAGGGGCUUCGUUAGCAGACCACUGAAGGUCGUCGCCACGGACGCCGAUUUCAGUAAUGGCAUAAACCCCGACUUGGUCUACAAGAUUGAGGACAGUUCAGAGUUUGUGGUGACCGCUCAGGGCUUCGUCCUCACCAGCGGGAAACUCUCAGCCGGCUCUGCCAACGUGACGGUGGUGGCUGAAGACAGGCAGAGUGGCGAGUUUGCCCGUGCGAAGAUCAGCGUAGAUGUUACAGGUGCCACCACUGCCAUGUCCACCACUGACGCUGCCUCCAUGCCCACCAGUGCCAUCACUACGAGUCCCAUCAACAACAGCACAGCAACUCCUGCAAAGACCACAGGGGACACGUCGGCAGUGCCAACUCCAUCGUGGUCCUCCUCUCCCGCUCCUUCUGUCCCGACUACAAGUCCUAAUGCAGGUGCCACUAAUGCCACGUCCACCAGUGAUGGUGUCACCAUGUCUACCAGUGCCACAGUGAACACUACGAGUGGCACAACAGCUUCUUUGCUGACCGCAGGGAACACGUCGGCCGUGCCAACCCCAUCACCAUCUCCUGCUCACACGUCUGCUGUCUUGACCACAAAUCCCAACGCAGGUUCUACCAUGUUGACCACUCUAGAGAGCUCGACUCGGCCUUUACCAUCCACUGCAAGUCCUGCGUCUCCAGCGCCAUCUUCAUCGUCCUCUCCCUCACUCGCGCCCCCCGCUGGCACAGAUUCUACCACCACCAUCAUCUCCAGCACUCUACAGAGCUCAACAUCUCCAUUAAUGUCCACGGCAAGUCCUGCGUUUCCAGUGCCAUCUUCAUCGCCCUCUCCCUCACUUGCGCCCCCCGUUGGCACAGAAGGUGUGCCCAUUCCGCCGCCAGGCUUUACCUCGGGUGACAUGGCGGCCCUCGGUGCCACACUGUCGGUGAUUUUGGUCCUGUGCUUGGCAAUCAUUGGCUUCCUCAUUUUUAAAGUCCAUCAAGGACGAGGAGAUUAUGAGAAGAUGGCCCGGGCGCGCACUUUCAUCCACUCCAUAGACAGAACUCCCGGAGGGUCAGCCACAUCGACCGACCAAAUUCAGUUUGUCAACGAUGGCUACCAGGACGACGGAGACAAAGACGCUGGACAAACGAAGGCCACCGCUGAUGAGACGGACAACGGGGUCCACCACAUGGCUGACAGACUCGCCAACGGUGUUGUGGCCUCCGCUCUCGCAGCCUCAGCCGCCGCCACUGCUGCCGAUGCCACCGAUGUCAACAGCUUAGCCAACUCAGAGGGCAGCAUCGGCGAGAAGGAAGUGAAGUCCAUCCUGACCAAAGAGCGCAAGCCUGAGGACGGCUACAAGUCGGUGUGGUUCAAGGAGGACAUCGAGCCCGACGCCAAGGUGGACGUGGUGAUCAUCAACGAUGACGCUGAGGUGGAUGAGGAAGAGGAGGAAGAGGAGGAGGAGGAAGACAGGGGCAGCGAUGAAGAUGUCACAGGGGGCCCCGACAUGAUGCCCCCCAGAGGACCCUCCGUCAGCUAUGAGCCCCAAACACCCAAUGCGGACUUCGAGCAGGACAUCCUGUGAGCGCCACGGGGCACGGACUGGUCUCCUCUGUACAGCGUGGCAAACACAAAGACUUGAACCGCCGUGGCAUACGGGACCCUCACCUUGAGAUUUGACUAAUUUAUACGAGAAUCAAGUGAGCCAGCUGGCUAAAUCGAUGUCGAUAUCCCAAAUUGAAAUAAAUGAGUUCACUGUUGAAGGGCA